AUGACGCGAGCGCGCCCGGAGCCCACCACCACCCGGGCCGCCGCGACCUGGGACCACACAGCUUCCCCUCGGCCGCCGCCGAGUCAGAGGGAAAUUCUGACAACCGGAAGUCACGUUGGCCACCCGGAAAUCUUGGAAGCACGUGAUCGUAGCCUUUUCCGGCAACCAUUAACGGGAUCUGUGGAUAUGCCUGUUAAUAAAUCACCUAUGAUAAAUACAUAUGGAGGCAUAUCUUCCCCUUAUAAUGAAGAACACCGGAAAUUAAACUUUCAACAUUUAAGUGGAGAAAGGAGUCCUAAAUCAAGGCCAACAUUUUCAGUCACAACAGAAUUCAUCUUGAGAUUCAAUCAAACACAAAAUUCCAAAGAGAAGAAAGAAUUGUUGGAACUAGCUAGAAAAAUCAUUAUCAGAUGUAAGAGAAAAUUGGGUCUCAAAACCUUGGGCUCUGGGAAGCAUGUGCAUCUUCCUGCUGCAUGGACUGAAGUAAUAUAUCUGGCUCAAUGCAAAGGGGAAAUCCAAGAUGAAGCUUUAAAUAUGCUUUAUGCUUCCCUGGACCAUGCUCCCUUUGAUUAUGAUCAUCUGCCUGCCCUAUUUUUUGUUGCGGAAUCAGUUUUAUACAGACUCUGUUGUGAUGCAUCCCUCCAGACAUAUUUAUAUUCAGUUGAACUAAAGCUAGCAAAGAUUGGCUAUUUGGUCUUCUUACGACUUUUUAUAUUUUUCCUGCAUGGUCACCUAGAAUGUUUUAAACAACAUUUACUUAGGCUUCAACCAUAUUUAUACGCACUUUCUUUCUCUGGAGAAUCAUAUUACAAGUAUCCAAACAUCUUUUCAAAUGUGCAAUUCAUCCUGAAAGCCUCAGAAAUUAUAGGUAAAAGAGAACUCCACUCUGAAUCAAUUUUUAGCCCUGUGGAAAAUGAAAAAAGAUAUGAGAACACAGAUUCUGAUAUGGUGAGUAAUCUUGUAUGGUUGGAUUCAGUACUGGCUUUAUUGGUCCUUGGGGAGGCUGCCAAAUUAAACAUGGGCUGCUUGAAAGCUUUAAUGGACCUAGUGAAAGAUUUUGUUUCAAGCAUUAUGUCUGUUCAAAAUCAGGAGGAAAGUUGCAAGGUAGAAGAUUUUUCCUGGGCCUGGAAUGUAGUCUACAUAUAUACAGUAAUUCUUGCAGAAAUCUGCAUGUAUGCGGCCACUUCUGAUUUGCGAAAAACUGCUUUGAUCGGUUUCUGUCACUGUAAAAGUUCCCGAAAAUAUAUUUUACACCUGGACAAAUCAGUACAGCCAGAAUUAAAGGAAACAAGUAUUUUAAGUCUUUUGGAAUAUUUCUCUUCCAAAAUGUCAGAUAAUUGUGAUCAAGUAGUCUGGACUGGUUACUAUGGCUUAGUGUAUAACCUGGUGAAAAUGUCAUGGGAACUUCAAGGAGAUGAAGAACAGAAUGGACUUAGAAACAUGAUAUGGCAAACAUUGCAGAAAACAAAGGAUUAUGAGGAAGAUGUACGAAUUCAAAAUGCAAUCAAUAUAGCUCAGGCUGAGUUAAAUGAUCCAACAGAUCCUUUCACUAGGCACAGUACAAAAAUUUCAUCAAAUGUAAGAGAAGAAGUUUUCUCCAAAUAUAUUGGGUGGAGGAUUACCAGCACUCUUUCCAAACUCUUCUUUCCCCCAGUUGAUGCCUGUGUUCUUCCUUUGAAGAAAUCAUCAAUAAAACAAGAUCAAAAGAAAUAUCCAGAUAAAAAGCCGAAGUCCAUGAAAAAGAAAUUUCUACAUUUUACUGUAAGGAAACAUCCUACUGUAUCAGAAAUUCCCAUGGUACCACAUCCAGAUUUCUUCACCAAGGCAGAUAAAGAGUUGGCAAAAAUCAUUGACCAUCACUGGCAGGAAGAGCUGAAGAUCCGCAAAGAAGAAGAUGCAAUAUGCAAGGCCCAAGAACUUGAAGAUAAGAAGUUAGAAGAGAAAAUUCACUUUCAAGAAGUUAUGAAGAAAAGAGAAGAGAAACUACAUAAGCAAACCAAACCCUAUGAGCUUCCUCAUAGAAGUAGCUUAAUUAGAAAAGAAAAUGCUACCCCCCAAAACUGAGGUCAAAAAUACAUAGCAUGAAAAAUACCAAGAUAGCUACAUAGUAAGAGAACUUUCUUGUAAUUAACUUGAGGUAUUGUAUAGAAGAACUUGUUAUCCUGAUACAAACUAUUUAAUAGUUAUUUCUUAGUUCUCAAUUAAUGACCAACUUAAUCACACUUGAAUGAAGUGAUUUCACUAGUCAAAACUUUCCAAUACUACAUCUAGUAUUUUUCUCAAUUGACAUUUAUCUCAUUGUACAGCACAUGUAAUAACUGAUUCUCAGAACGCUGAUAUUCAUCAAACAGUUUGAUGGAAAUUAACUACAAGUUAAUUAAUAAGUCACCAUAUAAAAAUUGUUUCUUGAAAACAGAAUGAACAUAAGCUAACACUCCUAUAAUUACUAUUAUUCAAAUAAAAACAUUAUGGCAUCUUA